AUUUGUUAUAUAUCCUAAAAUUUCAUUUUACAUAUAUACAUAUCUCCAAAAGUUUUGGAAUCUAGAGGCAAUAAGGUAGGUAGAUUAGGCAAAACACAAACAAGAUGAACCAAGAACAACCUAUGAAACCACAAUUAGGGGAAGAAGUUCAAGAUUCCCUUCAACACGCCGCCGCCCAUGUUCAAGAACACAAAGAUCUCAACGAGGAAAGCAAGGGUGAAAAUGUGAAGGGUGGCAGGAAAAUCAGUCAGCAGGCAUCAUCAGGAGAUCAAAUAUUAGACCAAGGACACAUCACUAUUGGAGAAGCACUGGAAGCCACAGCUUUAACAGCAGGCAGUAGGCCUGUGGAUUACAGUGAUGCUGCCGCCAUACAAGCGGCCGAAGUUAGGGCUACCGGCCGCACCAACAUAGUGCCUGGCGGCGUUGCUGCGGCCGCUCAAUCAGCCGCCACUCGCAACGCUCGCCUCACACGAGAUGAUGAAAAGACCAAGUUGAGCGAGAUUCUAGCGGAAGCAACUUCAAAGCUACCAGCGGACAAGCCGGUGACGCGUAGAGACGCAGAGGGAGUGAUAGGAGCCGAGUUGAGAAACGAUCCGAAUCUGACAACCCGUCCUGGUGGCGUUGCAGCGUCGCUAGCCGCAGCUGCAAGGAUUAACCAAAUCAACAAUCUUAACCAAAAUUCCCCAAAAAAAGAAUGAAUUUUGAUCAUGCUACAAUAAAUGUUGGGGGGCUUUGGCUUUCUUUCCUAUUCUUUUUAAUAACAAUUAUAUUAAUGUAUGAUAAUAUUUUAUGUAUUGAAUUACAGUGUGUAUAUAUAUAGUACAUCAUACAGUGAGACA